UAUACAAGGACUACUCUACUGGUGCUAGAGCUGGAGCAGAGCUAGAGACCUAGAGCUAGAGAGAAUGGAAACCACAGAGCAAGAGACAGUAGCCGCACCAGGCACAGACACCCUCAAUGUGCAAAUCAACUUCACAACCAAGGAUGCAUCCGUCGCCUUUGACCAAGAUGCUCCCAUCCUCGUACCCACCUCCCUCAAGCGCUACGGCCUAUCUGAGGUCGUCAACCAUCUUCUAGGCCAGCAAGAUGAGCCUGUUCCCUUCUCCUUCCUAAUUGACGGCGAACUCCUAAGCACCUCUGUCCAGGACUUCCUCACAAAACGCGGCCUGUCGAGCGAGACGGUCCUCAAUGUCGAAUACAUCCGUUCCAUCCUCCCACCUUCCUUUCUAGCAUCCUACCCACACGACGACUGGAUCUCUGCGGUAGCACUCCAGGGACAAGACAUCGUCACAGGAUCUUACGAUAGUCUUGUCCGUGUCUGGGACCAAUCGCAACAUUGCAAAGCAACAGGCAUCGGCCAUACCAAUGCUAUCAAAGCAGUCGCCUAUGCUGGUUCCUUGACGGGUCAACAGGCAAAUCUAGCAACAGCGAGUAUGGACCGUACACUACGGCUCUGGCAACUCCAUGCUUCAGGCGAUGCACUCACCUGCACGGCUGAACUGCGUGGUCACGUCGCAUCUGUCGAGUCAUGCGACUUGCAUGGCACAACGCUUGUUUCUGGCUCAUCAGACGGUAUCUUAGGUCUUUGGGAUACCUCGGAUGAGUUGGGACAACCAUACAUUGCAACGCAUCAAGCGAAACGGAAGCGACAGCGUGGUACGGGUGUCGGUGUCUUGACAAGUCGACAACUCAAACAAACACACAGUCAACCCAUUUCACAAGUCAUGUUGAAUCCACAAGAUGCGUCACUGGCAUACUCUUCUUCUUGGGAUAAAUCACUCAUUGCCACAGAUUUGACAACGAUGCUGCCCAUCACAACCAUUCAGACCGGUUCGCCUCUCUUCUCCCUACUCAGCAUCCCGUCGCUUUCUAUUGUCUUGACAGGUGGACAACGCAGUGUACAGGUGCAUGAUUUGCGAUCAAACCAACUGACACGCUCGACCUUGCAAGGACACGGUAACUUUGUGUCUAGUCUCGCUAGAGCACCCAUCAUGUCUGGUGUGAGCAACAAUGCAUACCUCUUUGCAAGUGGCUCGUACGAUGGUGAUGUACGCGUCUGGGACUUGCGUAACGACCGGUCACUCUAUGUCAUUGGCCGUACAAAACAAGAAAGGAAGGAACGGCAGAGUACCGGCAGUAAUCAAGUCAUGUGUGUGGCAUGGGGUGAGAUGGGCAUUGUGAGUGGUGGUGAAGAUUGUCAGCUACAAAUCAAUCGUGGUGUGCAUCAAUCGAUCACUGCAUCAGCGUCUGCUUAGUCCAAUUGGAUCCAACGUUUGAGAAGACCGAGCGUCCAGAGAUCUUGUUCUGCUUCGUUUCUUUCCUGCAUCGCACGUAGUAUGCGUUGUUCAAACAUUUCAGCCGCGUCUGCUUGGUAAGUCUCUGUUUGCAGUGCAGCAAGCAUGCGGAUGAGGUAGAAUAAGGUUUGAUGACUCGCUUCACGGGAUUGGACCGU